CAUCUCUAUGCAUUUUUGCUCUCAAACAGGCCUUUGUAUGAAGCAGCAAACAAACAUCAUCUGGGCAUUUGUUUUACAGAUGAGAACUGGGAUGAUGACCAACUUCUUGGUUUUGAACCAUGCAAUGAAAACCUUAUCUCUGGCUGCAAUAUAAUCAAUGGGAAAUGUGAAUGUGACACCAUUCGAACCUGCAACAACCCCUUUGAGUUUCCGAGGAAGGAUAUGUGCCUUUCAGCUUUAAAGAGGAUUGAAGAAGAGAAGCCAGAUUGCUCCAAGGCCCGCUGUGAAGUGCAGUUCUCUCCACGUUGCCCUGAAGACUCUGUUCUGAUCGAGGGCUACGCUCCCCCCGGGGAGUGCUGCCCCCUACCCAGCCGCUGCGUGUGUGACCCUGCGGGCUGCCUGCGCAAAGUCUGCCAGCCAGGAUACCUGAAUAUACUAGUGUCAAAAGCCUCAGGGAAGCCGGGAGAGUGCUGUGACCUCUAUGAGUGCAAACCAGUUUUCAGCGUGGACUGCAGCACUGUGGAGUGCCCCUCGGUCCAGCAGACAGUGUGCCCCCUGGACAGCUACGAAACUCAAGUGCGGCUCACGGCGGAUGGCUGCUGUACCCUGCCGGCAAGAUGCGAGUGUCUCUCUGGCUUAUGUGGUUUCCCCGUGUGUGAGGUGGGAUCCACUCCCCGCAUAGUCUCUCGUGGAGAUGGGACACCCGGAAAGUGCUGUGAUGUCUUUGAAUGUGUUAAUGAAACAAAGCCGGCCUGCGUAUUCAGCAAUGUGGAGUACCACGACGGAGACAUGUUUCGAAUGGACAACUGUCGGUUCUGCCGGUGCCAAGGGGGUGUUUCCAUCUGCUUCACUGCCCAGUGUGGGGAGCUGAGCUGUGAGAGAUACUACGUGCCUGAAGGGGAGUGCUGCCCUGUUUGUGAAGAUCCGGUGUAUCCUUUUAACAAUCCUGCGGGCUGCUACGCCAGUGGCCAGAUCCGUGCCCAUGGAGACCGGUGGCGGGAGGACGACUGCACAUUCUGCCAGUGCCUCAGCGGAGAGCCCCACUGCGUGGCCACAGCCUGUGGGCAGAGCUGCAUGCACCCUGUGAAGGUGCCCGGGGAGUGUUGCCCCGUGUGUGAAGAACCAACCUACAUCACAAUCGAUCCACCUGCCUGCGGGGAGUUAUCAAACUGCACUCUGACGGAGAAGGACUGCAUUUAUGGUUUCAAACUCGAUCGCAGUGGUUGUCGAACUUGUCAGUGCAAAAAUAGGGAGGAGAUGUGCGCGGGCCUUAAACAAGGCUGCACCCUGGACUGUCCCUCUGGUUUCCUAACCGAUGCCCACGACUGUGAGAUCUGCCAGUGCCGCCCGAGGCCCAAGAAGUGCAGACCCAUCAUCUGUGACAAGUACUGUCCGCUGGGAUACCUGAAGAAUAAGCACGGCUGUGACAUCUGUCGCUGUAAGAAAUGUCCAGAGCUCCCAUGCAGUAAAAUCUGCCCCUUGGGCUUCCAGCAAGACAGUCACGGCUGUCUUAUCUGCAGAUGCAGAGAGGUCCCUGCUUCAGCCGGGCCACCUGUCCUGUCAGGCACAUGUCUGUCCAUGGAUGGCCGUCAUCAUAAAAGUGAGGAGAGCUGGCAUGAUGGGUGCCGGGAGUGCUACUGUCACAAUGGACGGGAAAUGUGUGCCCUGAUCACCUGCCCAGUGCCUGCCUGUGGCAACCCCACCAUCCGUCCUGGACAGUGCUGCCCGUCAUGUGCAGAUGACUUUGUGGUACAGAAGCCAGAGCUCAGCACUCCUUCCAUUUGCCACGCGCCCGGAGGAGAAUACUUCGUGGACGGAGAGACGUGGAACAUCGACUCCUGUACUCAGUGUACCUGCCACAGUGGCCGGGUGCUGUGUGAGACAGAGGUGUGCCCCCCACUGCUCUGCCAGAAUCCUGCGCGCACCCAGGACUCCUGCUGCCCACAGUGCACAGAUGAACCUCCUCAGCCUCCAUCAUCCCAUAACGAGAGCCUGCCUAGUUACUGCAGAAAUGAUGAAGGCGAUAUGUUCCUGGCAGCUGAGUCCUGGAAGCCUGACGUCUGUACUAGCUGCAUGUGCAUGGAUGGCGUAAUUAGCUGUUUCUCUGAAUCAUGCCCUUCUGUAUCCUGUGAAAGACCUGUUUUGAGAAAAGGCCAGUGUUGUCCCUACUGCCUAGAGGACACAGUUCCAAAGAAGGCGGUGUGUCACUUUGGCGGGAAGGCCUACGCCGACGAGGAGCGGUGGGACAUUGACAGCUGCACACACUGCUACUGCCUGCAAGGCCAGACCCUCUGCUCGACCGUCAGCUGCCCCCCUCUGCCCUGCGUGGAGCCCAUCAACGUGGAAGGGAGUUGCUGCCCGAUGUGUCCAGAAAUGUACGCCCCAGAACCAACUAACAUACCCAUUGAGAAGAAAAACUAUCAUGGAGAGAUUGACCUGGAAGUCCCUGCGUGGCCCACACCUAGUGAAAAUGACAUCAUUCAUCUCCCUAGAGAUGUGGGUCACCUCCAGGUGGAUUACAGAGACAGUAACAGGCUGCACCCCAACAGAGACUCCUCCCUGGACUCCGUCAUCUCGGUGGUAGUUCCCAUGAUAAUAUGCCUCUCCAUCAUCAUAGUGUUCCUGUUCAUCAAUCGGAAGAAACGGUGGAUACCACUGCUUUGCUGGUAUCGGACACCGACUAAGCCUUCUUCCUUGAAUAAUCAGCUGGUAUCUGUGGACUGCAAGAAGGGGACCCAUGUGCAGGUGGACGGUUCCCAGAGAAUGCUAAGAAUUGCUGAACCCGAUGCAAGAUUCAGUGGCUUCUACAGCAUGCAAAAACAGAACCAUCUACAGGCAGACAACUUCUACCAAACUGUGUGAAGAAAGUCGACAUGGCUGAGGUUUCAAAGGACAGAGAACAACUAAAUCUGCUCUUACAAGUAAACUAGAAUUUGUGCACUUGCUUAGUGGAUUGUAUUGGAUUGGGACUUGAUGUACAGCGCUACGAACUUACUGGGAUAGGCUCUGUCUACAGCAGUGUGCAGAACAAGCAUUCCCACUUCCCUCAAGAUAACUGACCAAGUGUUUUCUUAGAACCAAAGUUUUUAAAGUUGCUAAGGUAUAUUUGCUUGUAAUAUAGCUGUAGAGAUUCUUGGGGUUGGGCACAGUGAGUUUGGUUGGGAAAAUGGGUGGGAGGGUAGUGUUAGGAAGAAAAAUUGGUCAGCUUGGCUCGAGGAGAAAUCCAGUCAGAGAAGCAGCUCAGUGGCCGAGGAUAGUUUUUUCCUGUUGCUCUGAAGACUGCACUGAUUGCUGCAAAAAUCAGACCUGAAUGAGCAGGAAACAAAAGGCCUUGCGACCCAGCUGCCAUAACCACCUUAGAACUACCAGACGAGUACAUCAGAACUUUCAAUAGCCAUCCCAGGUCUAAAGCCACAAGUUUCUUUUCUAUACAGUCACAACUGCAGUAGGCAGUGAGGAAGCCAGGGAAAUGCGAUCGCAACAUUUCUCUAAAGCGGGUUAUUAAGGAUAUAUACAGUUACACUUUUUUUUGCUGCUUUUGUUUUCUUCCAAACCAGCCAGCCAGUUCCUAGGAGAGACAGCGAAUGAACAAGACCUAAGUCAUUUCUUGGUGUGAGCACUGGAGCUUUUCUUACAGUAACGUGGCAGGAAGGAGGGAGAGGGUGAAGGACACCAGGCAUUUCCAGGGGCUAAACUUCAUAGUUCGUUUUUGCUUUGUUCUGUUCUGUUGGUUGUUCAUAGUUCUUGUUGAAGCUCUAGCUUAAGAAGAAACUUUUUUUAAAAAAGACUAUUUGGGGAUUUUUUUUUUUCCUUACUAUAAACUGAUUCUACAAGAUAGAAACUACUUCAUUUUAAUUGUAUAUUAUUCAAGCACCUUUGUUGAAGCUCAAAAAAAAUUAUGCCUCUUUAAACUUUAGCAAUUAUAGGAAUAUUUAUGUAACUAUCUUAUGCUUCAAAAACAAAAGUAUUUGUGUGCAUGUGUAUAUAAUAUAUAUUGCAUAUAUAUUUAUACACAUACAUUUUGUUUUCCUGUUGAAUGUAUUUUUGAGAUUUUAACCAGAACAAAGGCAGAUAAACAGGCAUUCCAUAUCAGUGCUUUUGAUCACUUAGAUUUUUUUGAAUAACACAAAAUCUUGUUCUACCUGCAGUUUAAUUGGGGAGAUGUUUGUGUGAGUGUGUGCGUGUGUGUGUGUGUGUGUGUGUGUGUGUGUGUGUGUGUGUGUGCACGCACCUUGAGCAGCCAGCAUCACACCUGCUGUGGAGAAGACAUUCCUUUAUUACGGUCUUCUUCAUUUGGAUUUGCUUUCAGUUGGUUUUCAAUUUGCUUACUGGCCAGAGAUAUCAAUGGCAGUUUUUACCUGCAUAACUAAUCAGCUCCUGGAUUUAUUUUUUCAAACAACUGUUUGAAACAACUACUGGAAUAUUGUCCACAAUAAGCUGGAAGUUUGUUGUAGUUUGCCUCAAAUAAAACUGACUGUAUACUAUAGUGUUAACUUUUCAAACAGCUCUUAGCACUUUUAUACUAAUGACCCAUUUGUGCAUUGAUUUUUCUUUUAAAAAUGCUUGUUGUGAAAGACACAGAUACCCAGUAUGCUUAAUGUGAAAAGAAAAUGUGUUCUGUUUUGUAAAGGAACUUUCAAGUAUUGUUGUAAAUACUUGGACAGAGGUUGCUGAACUUUAAAAAAAAUUAAUUUAUUAUUAUAAUGACCUAAUUUAUUAAUCUGAAGAUUAACCAUUUUUUUGUCUUAGAAUAUCAAAAAGAAAAAAGAAAAAGGCAUUGUAGCUGUUUGCAUCAAAGGAACAAAAAGAUUUAUUAUCAAGGGGCAAUAUUUUUAUCUAUUUCCAAAAUAAAUUUGUUAAUGAUAUGUUACCAAAAUAGAUUUACUUCAGUCUGAUUAGUAUAAAAUUUUGUUGACAAUUAAUCCAUUCCUGGCAUAAAAAGCCUUUAUCGAAAAAAAAAUUGUAAAUGCUUGCUUUUUGUUUUUUCAAUCAUGGCCAUAUGAAAAUACUAACAGGAUAUAGGACAAGGUGUAAAUUUUUCUAUUAUUAUUUUAAAGAUAUGAUUUAUCCUGAGUGCUGUAUCUGUUACUCUUUUACUUUGGUUCCUGUUGUGCUCUUGUAAAAGAAAAACAAAUAUAAUUUCCUGAAGAAUAAAAUAGAUAUAUGGCACCUGGAGUGCACCGUAGUUCUAUAGUUUGUUUUCUUCAAAAAGGAAAGCUGUAACAGGACGAUU